AUGUCAUUUCGUCGAAAUGAUAUUCGUACUCGAUCGAUUAGUACUGGUCGUCGACAACAAACUCGAUUCUAUUCGAAUGAGUCUGUCACUGAUUUAACAUCAAAUAUAGAUUCAAUACCAAAUGAUUUACCAGAAUUAUCAAGAAUCGUUCGAAAAUUAUUACCACAAGAAAUUCCAGUAAAAGUACAUGUGCGAAAUGUUGAUUAUAUUGAAAAUGAAUGUGAACAAUUAAGUGGAACUUUAUACUUGACAACAUUUCGACUUGUCUUUGCACCAGAUAAUGAAGUGGAAAAUAAUAAUUUUAUUAUUUCUGGAAAUAAAUAUAUUAGUGAAUAUGACAUUCCAUUAACAUCUAUUUAUAAAAUUGUGGUUGCUCCGGUUGAUUCUCGGCUAGGUUUUAAAUCAUUUUUAAAUGAAAAUCAAAUUCAAUCAGAAACAAGAUCAUUUACAAUCAUCACUCGAGAUUUUCGAAAGAUAACAUUUUCAAAUUGUUCAGUUAUUAAAUCAAAUUCAAUUGGUAAUAAACAACAAUUAUUUGCAACAAAUAUGGAAACAUAUAUCAACACAUUAAGCAAACAUUCUCAUAUUUACAAUAAAGAACAAUUAUAUCCUUAUGUUGCUUUACAAACACCUUCAACAAAUCAAUAUGGUCGUCCAUUAUCACCAUUAGCAUCUUCGUCUAGUGGACGAUCUGUAGAUGAUGAUAUUAAUGAUUUUUGUGCAAGUAAUGAUGAACGUAUAAAAAGUUAUUUAACUUAUCCAGAUUGGGAGGAUGAAUUAUAUGAUGCUAAUGAAUCACAAUGGGUUGUUAAUCGAAUGAAAUUUGAUAGAUCAUCUAUUGUACAAGAUGAAGGUCCAUUCAUUCGUUUAGCACAUGGAAACAUGAAUGAUGAUUUUAAUGAUUUAAUUUGGCAUUGGACUCAUACAUCUGAAAAUAGCAAUCGAACAAAAUAUAUGCUUAUUACUAUACCAAAUAUAGGAGAAAUAACAAUAGCUGGAGAUUCUGAAGUUUAUGAUAAUGAGAAAAAACAAGAGAAAUCUUUUAUUUCGAUUUUAAACAGUGGUGAAUCUUCUUCCAUAAACAAAUCAGCAUCAUCAUCAUCAACACCACAGUGGUUUCUAAACUUAUCAAAAAAAUUAUGUUCAACUACAAAUAAUGAUUUACCGGUGAUACUUACGAAUGAACCUAAAACAACAACAACUGGUGGAUUAAUGAUUGUACCACCAAAAUCGCCCAGUAUUGAUUUACGUCGUACUGCAACAGAUUCGGCUUUAAUGUAUUCCGCUCAUUAUAUCUAUGAUCAACCAUUUCGACGUUAUAAUUUAUCAAAAUUUCCAUGUAAUUUAAAACGUUUACAAGCUAGUUACGAAAAAUUAAUUGAAAUAUGUGUUAUAUCUCCUGAAGAUGAUGAUGAUAAAUGGUUAACUAAAAUAAAUACAUGUAAAUGGCUUAAAUAUAUAUCAAAAGCAUUACAUGGAGCUGCUUCAUUAGCUAAAUUACUUAAUUAUAAAAAUAUUCAAUUAUCUGGAAGUGAUAUAGAUAAUAGUUGUUUGAUGGCAUCAUUAAUUCAAAUAUUACUUCGACCAAAGUGUCGUACAAUUAAAGGUUUUUGUGAAUUAAUUAUUCGUGAAUGGAUUAUUCGUGGUCAUCCAUUUCGUGAACGUUUUGGACAAGUUAUUUCACAUGUUGAUGGAUAUAAUGUACAAGAAGCACCAGUUUUUCUUCUCUUUCUCGAUUGUAUUCAUCAAUUAAUUAAUCAAAAUCCAUUUUCAUUUGAAUUUAAUGAUUAUUUUUUACUUGAACUCUAUCGUGAUAUUUGUUAUUGUUAUCAUCAUACAUUUGUGUUCAAUUCCAUAGCUGAACGUCUUCAUGCUGUAAAUAAUUGUCCAAAAAAUCUUUUACUUCUAUCAUCAUUUGAUUUUUCACUCUAUCUUUAUCGAAAUACAUAUCGUUUAUUAAAAAAUCAUGCAUCUAUAUUUACUGAUGAAAAAUAUUUUUCUUCUCGUCAACAACCAUCAAAGCGAGUUGUUUAUCGUCUUGAAGCACCUAAACCAAAUAAUUCUAGACGUGAGAAUAAUAAUAUAUCACCUAGAAAUAAUUCAUUACCAUUAAAUUCCGAAGAAUUUGACUAUAAUACAAUUGAAUCUCCACAAAAAUUUACAUCUGAUCUUCAAGUUGAUUGGCGUAUAUUUAAUAUCGUUUUAUGGUCAAAAUGUUAUUGUCGUUAUGAUCAAAAUUAUUUACCAACAAUACGUGAACAACAAUUAUCUUUUGAAAUUAAUUGUUCUCAAGAUGAUAUGGAAAAUGCAUAUAUAAGACCUCGACCGCAUAUAUCAAUAGAUAAAUUUCAUUCUAUAAAAUAUGCAAAUUCUUGGCAUCCACAAAUGUUAGAAACUCGUGUAUAA